AUGAACUCAGGCAGCGCCGAGUACUCCUCUUAUGGAGGGCCACGGUCCGCGUCCCGUCCGGUCUUCGAUCCUCGCACGCACUCUCAGAACAACAGUCCGGCUAUGCAACCUCAGAGAGGACCUCCCUCUGGGGAGACCAACCAGAGUCGCGCAGCCCGCUACGAAGAUGAAAAGAGGCGCAUCAUCGACAGCUGCUUCUCCAAGAAGGAGGCCGACGGCGUCCUGCUCGAGUCCUACAUUACCCAUGUUCGAGUCACCGAAGAUGCUCUGUAUCCUUCCUCUCCGCCGCCUCCAGACUCCGCUCCCAGCAACAAGAAGAACAGGUUGAUCCUAGUUGCCGUCCGCAGAUCUGGUAGGGUCAGAGUGCACAAGGCCCGAGAGAACCCCAAUGGUAGCUUUUCUAUAGGCAAGACCUGGCCUUUGGACGAGCUCACUUCGAUUCAGAUAUAUGCUAGUAUCAACCCUGCGAGCGAACGAGACGUCAUGGCAAAGCAGUGGGCGGGUGAGCUGGGCUUUACUGUCAUGUUGGGCAAGCCAUAUUACUGGCAUGCUCCUACCGCUAAAGAGAGGGACUUCUUCAUAGCCAGUUUACUCAAAAUUUACAAGAAAUACACAAGUGGCAAGACCCCAGAACUUAUCGGCUUCCUGCCACAUCAGAUGGACCAGCUUGGAGCCAAUUCAGCCAGCAGAACUCCAUCCGCUACCAUAUCGCAAUCCAGCCCUCCUCCUCCUGCGGACCCCCCUCCACUUAUGCCUGCUGCGAUCUCUCAACGACCGCAAUCGCCUCGCUUCUCCCCAGCUCCUCCAAACGACUUCGAACAAUCACUGCAAGCACAUCUACCACGACCAGAAUAUCCUUCUGCCACUAGAGAUGGCACUUCUUCGCCGAUGUUAGGUCUCCCACAUUCGCCGGCUUCAGCUGAUCGUCGAAUGCCUAGUCGUGAGAACUUACGGCGUGGAUCAGAUGGCCCUUCUACUGGUUACCCUCCUCGAGAGCCUGUACCAGCUAUGCCAAAUAUACCUCGUCAACAAUUGACCCCUCAACCUCUUGAUUCACGAAAUUCGCAAACCUCAUCCGCUUCAAGAGAACAGCAGGGAUUCCCAGCCUCGGUGAGACCUAUGAACGGUCAUGGGCCAUCUCUACGACAACCAUCAGUCGUUCCUUCCCAUGCCAGUAGCGAGUAUUUACCCACAACUCUUGCUGUUCGUGAUCGUUCCGUCAGCUCAGCACACUCUAGCGAAAGACCCACCACUGCCACCUCGGAUACGACAUCUGUGGCUUCUAAAUUCCAACCAUCUCAUGAUAGCCUAGCCCCUCCGGAACGAAAACGAGCUACGGGGCCUCGGACAGAAGUUGAUGGCGCUCAUUCUCAAAGCAAUGGUCAAUCUGUUUCACAACCAGGAGUCCCUGUUAUGUGGAAAGAGGAGGAGAACAGGUCUCGAGCGCCUUCUGCUCUCCUUACGGAAGAGACAACGAAGGAACCAAAAGAAAACAAUCUUGCCAAGGCUGGAUAUUUCAAUGCGGUCACGAUGCCCAGUCAGCCUGAGCCAGAUUCAAGUCAACUACCGACUCUCAAAACAGCUCCAGUCCUCGAAUCUCCAACCAUAACUCCUGAACCUCAAACUGCCGAGCCGGAGGCCAUGUCGAGUUCUGAGAGACAAGAUGAUGAGCAUCGACCAGGGCUCGGCCCUAUGAUCAAGAAAAAGAAUGCCGCAGACGCUUUCAGGAAGGCUGCGUUCGCCGCUAGCGCAUUCAAGCCAAGACAGGGUGGUGGUGCGGCCCGACUGAAAGCGUUAGCAGAGGAGGGCAAGAAGGGUAAUGAACCAGACGGCAUAACAGGCGUCGUGCCUGCCCCCCUGUUCCGGGGCAUGAGUUCUGAUAGUGUUGGCAGUAACAGACCAGCCACUCCUGGUGCCCCCAGUGCUCCUAGUACUCCUGGUCUCAAGGAGCAACCUCCAGUCCUUUCACAGAAUGAUCAGCCGCCAAAGGUCAACCUGCAAAGGACAGCCACAGAUGAUAGUAUUAUGAGUCAGUCAUUCCCACAGCCUGAUGCAGAAAAACUACAAGAAGUGCCUAAGACCAGAUAUGUCAAGUCGCCACCAAUGGAACAACCCAAACGUCCUGCAACUCCAGAGAAGGCACGGUCAAGAUCUCCUCAACGCCGAAAACGCCAGAGACAGGACGCGGAUAUUGCAAAGUAUUCCUCCUCACUUGGUAUUGACCCUCGAAUCUUUGAAGGUCGAGGAGCAGAUUUCAACGACUUGCUCACAGAGUUUGGGUGGGAUGGCAAACUCGAUCCAAAGAGCCAAGUGAAUGACUUGGAAGCAGAAGUUCGUCGCGAGAUCGGCCGAGCUCAAGCUACCGGCUGGCUCGGCCAUGUUGAGCAACAAGACACAAAGGUACUGGAACUAGCAAGAGCAUUUGACAGGGCGAUAGAAGAAUGCGAGGAGCUAGACGGUCUGUUCACGCUAUACUCCCACGAGCUAGAUACGCUUGCCGCUGACAUUGAGUACAUCGAAGCACAAUCGCAGGGUCUUCAGGUGCAAACUGCCAACCAGAAACUGCUACAGAAAGAACUUCGCAACCUUCUAUCUACAUUGCGAAUCUCGAAUAACGACCUACAGGACCUGCAGUACGGUGCUCUUGAUGAUCCUCAAGGUGUCGCCAACGUGGAGCACGCUCUUGCCACGUUAUAUACUGCUUUGAUCCAGAUAGAUCCUAAUAUUCGCUACAACAAGCUGCGGCAAGUCAACAGCUCCGGACAUGGCAUCAGCCCAUAUGCUAACAACGAUCUGGGCGAGAUGCGUGCUGUCAGGGAAAAGAAGGAAGAGUAUGCGGAUCACUCGCAAGCAUUUAUCCGUAGAUUCUGCCAGCAUAUGAAAGGUGCUUUCAAGACUUUGGACCAGACACAUGACGACAGUUUCAGCGUUAAGACAAGCAUUAGCGACUCUAACUCCUCGCUUGCCACUCAAAGGACAGCUCGACAAGACCUGUGGCUAUACAAUGGUAUGGUGCUUUUUGUAAGGGAGGUUAACUCAUACGAAUGGAAAACCCUAAUCAAGUCUUAUGAGAUGAGCAUAAGGGGACUGUAUCAGGAUCAGUUUCGAACAACGGCGAUGUCCUCCAGGAGUGAUGCGCGCAAGCCAAGUGGUGAAGAGCAGGAAGCACUUUUCACUUAUCAGGAGAAAGAUAGAUCAGAUGAUUCACUCACCAGCACAGCUGCACGCAAGCUUACCGUCAAGCGAGGUAAGACAGUCAAAAAUACAGGUCUCAAGACGGCAUUCAGCAACCGACACGACGGAAAGCCAGAUGCACAUGAAGUGUUCCAGCAGGUACUCGAGCAGCAGGCCAAGGUGGUUGCUGAAGAACAAAAUUUUAUGGUCUGUUUUUUCCACUUGAGCACACAAAGCAACGCCGACUUCAUCGAGCUCGUUUCCACCAAAGCACCAGCAGAACGGCGUCUUCCUAACCUGAACACCAAAAUACCCUUUGAGCCGGAUAAGAGUAUAUCAUCUACGAUUCAGGCUAGCAUAGAAGCCAUUUACUCUUUCUGGCUGCAAGAUCUUCAGAAUCAGCUAGAUUGGGUGCUGAAGAUGGAUCAGUUACAGGGAGUGGGUGUACUAUGUGCACUAGAACAUGUGUCGACACUCUAUGAGGACAGCAAUCAAGAAUUCAUCACAUCCACUAUUCGCACAUUACAUGGUCGGCUUAAGGGCCUCUUCAAUAAGUUUGUUGAAGGGCAGGUCAAAGCAGUUGAAGAAACAAAAGUAAAAUUGAAGAAGCGAAAAGGCAUUAUUUCGUUUAUGCGAACAUUUCCAUUUUUCAGCUCCGCUGUGGAGAGCAUGAUACCGGAUCACAUAGUCGAGGAAGAGACAUUAGAGAUUCGCUUCAUACUCAACGACGCUUACAACAAGAUCUUACGUGCAAUGUGGGAGUCUUUGACAUUUAUCGCCAAAGAUGACUCAACAACUGGUGGCACAGCACAUUCAACAGCACCAGCCAGUGGAGAUCCUGAAGAUAAAGAAGCUCUCAAUUACCACAUCUUGCUGAUCGAAAACAUGAACCAUUACAUCGAGGAAGUGGAGACUCACCAUAAUAUCGUCCUAGAAGAGUGGAAAGAGAAAGCAUCGCAGGACAUGUUCACCCAUCUAACGCAAUACACGGAUGCCGUCAUACGCAGGCCACUCGGAAAAUGGCUUGACUUUGUCGAAAGCACAGAGGCCAUGAUGAAGACCAACGAUUCUUUACAAAGCAUAUCCUCAAAGCCAAGUCAUUCCCGAAGCACAUGUAAGAAGAUCAUCAAAAGUUAUGAUUCACAUGAGAUUCGGAAAGGCAUCGAAACACUAAAGAAACGGGUUGAGAAGCAUUUUGGUGAUGUCGACGACCCAUCGACAAUGAGCAAGAGCCUGAUCAUGCGAGUGCUGGAUGAAUGUAGUGCACGAUAUUUGCACGCUCACGACAGGAUGAGGGUAAUAAUUGAUAGAAUAUACGAUGGGGGUUUGGAGAUUGAUUGGCGGAAGGAGGAGGUUAGCGCUCUAUUCAAAAGGUAA